CGGGGGGUGGGGACGCGGCGCUGACUGCGGGCUGUUCUCCGCUCCCGGCCCCGGUGAUGGUCCCUCUUCGCCCGCUCCGCUCCCGCCGCGGCUGAAGGUGGCCCCACGCCGCCGGGACGCGAGGUCGGCGAGCCGGCGUUUGCUCUGGAAUGUUCCGGAAGGUUCUGUCCGCCGGCUUCGCUGUGCGGGCCGGUCACGUGGCGCUCACCUGGGCGGUGACGUUGAUUCUCUUCCUGCACAGAACGGAUUUGAAGCAGAGCGAGGAACGUGGCGAGUUCCUAAAGCCAGUAACCUUCCUCCUGCUCGUUCUCUGUUCAAUGUUACUGUACUUCAUCACCUCCCUCAUGGAUCCAGGAUACGUCACAUUUGAUGAUGAACUAAAGGUGUCUCGAUCGGUUCAUUGUGUUUGGGAUGACGAGGAACAGAUGGUCCCUGUGGUACAGAAAGCCCAGAGAUUGAGGCGCUGUGGCUACUGCAUGGUCCAGCAGCAACCCAUGCGGUCUAAACACUGCCAGUCCUGUCAACACUGUGUACGCCGAUAUGAUCACCACUGCCCGUGGAUUGAGAACUGUGUGGGGGAGAGAAAUCAUCGCUUCUUUAUGCUCUACCUGAUUUCUCAAUUGACUGUCCUGUUGUGGGCUUUCCACAUUGCCUGGUCUGGAUUCGGUACUGAAACCGAGUGGAAAGAGUGGCUCCGUAUCAACACAUUCCUGCUAUUGGCAUUCAUCAUCAUUAUCAUUUUCACCGUGGUGGUUAUGCUGUUAUUGGUAUCGCACUUGUAUCUGGUAUCCAGCAAUACCACAACUUGGGAGUUUAUGUCCCGCCAUCGCAUUUCUUACCUCAAACAUUGCAGCUCAGAGGAAAAUCCAUUUGAUCAGGGCAUUCUUGGGAAUUUGUGGGUGUUUUUCUGUGUAUGCAAGACUGUUGCAUGGGAAAGGAUUUAUUUUAAAGAAGAGGAUGGGUUGGUUUAGCAUUUGGUUUUCUAUCCAUUUGUGAUCUCAUCUUUGCUGAAUUUGCUUUACUACCUCACUAAGCUGGAGACUGUGGAUGAUAACUAAAAAAAAAUUAAAUAACUUCAACCAUCAUAAAUGGGAUAACAAAUGAUGAAUUCCUUCUCCAUUCGAUUGCCAAUAAUGCCUGCAAACACCAAUUCCUAUCAUGACUGAGUUCUAUCCAGACAUUUUACAUGCACACCACACCAUUUAAGCAGUUACAGCCGUCAUGGUGUUCAAAACACAAUUAGCUAAAUGAACCUGUGGGAUUGAAAAUCAAAACCUAGAUCAGGGUACUGUUCAGCUACCAAAUCUAUCCAGGCAUACAGCAUUUGUUCCAAUGCUGGUAACUAACACUAUAGGAUUUUGUUUUUAGCACGAUUGUGUGCAUAUCAAGAGUUUCUGCACAACAGAGUCACAACCCGUCUUUGCAAAGUGCAUGGCAAAAACAAUUGAUCAGUUUAUCAUCUACUGUCAGAUACCUGGAUGAUAGUGAACAUAAACUCUAAACUACAUUUGCAGGUCACAUGAAAUAGCAAACUAGUCCAGGGUACAGAAAGAGGCUGAAAUUGAUCUGCAGGCAAAAUACCGCCGAGAAGCAGCAUCGCUCAAUUUCUUUAACAGAAAUGUAAGCAAUGCAUUGAUUAAUGUACUUACUGAUUUAAUAUCUUGUUCUACAUAACUGUUUUUGUUCUUCCAUUGAAUUGGAAGUAUACUCUCAUAUUUCCCAAUGUUUUCCCAAAUAAUUUAAUUUUAACUUAUAAUCCCCAUUUGUGCUCUCAUUUCUAAACAUACUUUCAUCCUGCUAGAAAAGCAGGGGAGUUGCAGUUUACUCAACAUGUACUAUAACAAUUAAAGCAACAUUCAUGACAUUGAUACAUUGGAAAAACAGCAAAUCACUGCACAACUGGCAAAACAGAUUACUGUAAUCUGUGAACAGGAAUUUAAUUAACAUUGAAUUUAAGCAGCUGGACUGUACAGAGAUUUAAAACCACUUGUAUAUUAACUGUAUUACUGUUUUAUAUUUUUCACAACUUGCUACUUUUCUUAAAAAUAAUCUUCGGAACAGAUUGAUAUAUUCUUUAAAAUAUUGGAUUUAUUUUUGGAUUACUGUCCUCUACCUUGAGUCAUUAUCACGUGAAAAAAUAUUGAUUAAACAAAUUCAUAUCUUCA